UUGUCUACUACAUAUCUGUUGGUAGAGAUUCAAGAUGCAGAUAUUGUGGUAUUUAGCACUUUGUGUGGUGCUAUUGAAAUGUAUAUACACUGAAGAUAUUGUCAUUGAUCUGGGUAGAUCUACAGUUAUUCGCACACUUGGACCAAGAUUUAUUGGAUUUACUUUAGAUUCAAGCGUUAUACAGAACCACUGGGAAACAUUUAGACCAACGUCUUCAAAAGUAUUAACCCUAUCAACUGCUUUGGCGCCAGCUUAUUUCCGAGUCGGUGGAACCGGUGCUGAUUUUCUAAUAUUCAACAAUUCUUUAAAUAUUCGAACUGGUAACGAAGACAAAAACUAUACCUUCACAGAGUCCGACUGGGAUAUGCUCAAUGAUUUUGUGGAACGCUCUGGUUGGGAAUUGAUAUUUGAUUUGAACAUAUUUCUACGGAGUAAUGGCCACUGGAAUUCUACGAACGCUUUACAGCUGUUUAAUUAUUCCAUUGAAAAGGGAUACAAACCAGCAGGAUUUGAACUAGGAAAUGAGUUAAAUGUUUACCCACAAUUCAACGUUACAGCGGCACAGUCUGUUUAUGAUUUUGGAAACUUAAAACAUAUUUUAUCUAGUUUACCAGAACUUGGAGGUCCAUUAAUACUCGGACCUGAUGUUAACUCUUUAGAUGUUGGGUCUUUAACAUACAUGGACUUAUUUCUGAAAUUGGGUGGGGCAAACAUCGUGGAUAUCAUCACAUAUCACCAUUACUAUUUUCCGCCCACAAAAGCAUCAGUUGAGACUUUUCAUAAUAUUAGUUUACUGGAAUCGUUAAGACCACAACUAAUGGACGCAGUUGCGUUAGCUAAAAAGUAUUGCCCCGACAAACCCAUAUGGUUGGGUGAAACUUCAUCCUCAUACGGUAGACAAGUCGAUUCGUUGUCCUACAUGUAUGUAGCAAGCUUCAUGUGGUUGGAUAAACUUGGGAUGGCAGCUCAGCUUGGUAUAGACGCUGUUAUUCGACAAUCAUUCUAUGGACCAGAUGAUGGAGUAAUAACACUACAGCUCGACCCGAGCAAUGACUUCUGGGUAACCUAUCUGCACAAGCAAUUGGUGGGAACUACCGUGCUGAACAUAUCUCGAGGGUCAAAUGAAAAUAUUCGGAUAUAUUCUCAUUGUACGAAUAUACAAAGUACUACAGAAUAUACAAAAGGAAGUGUCACAUUGAUAUUGAUGAAUUUGGGACCAACCGAUGUGAACAUCAUUAUACAAGGUGUUGAAGGAAAUAAUAGUGAUAUCUAUAUGUUAUCACCGGGAGAUGUUCAAGGUUUACAAUCAAAAUCUCUGAAGCUAAAUGGUUAUUUACUAAAGCUUAACGAUAGUGGUGGGUUACCGCCUUUGCCAGUACACGCCACAACAGGUCCGAUAACUCUUCCAUCAAACAACAUGGCAUUUAUUGUGCUACCUGACGCCUUGAAAUCUGAGUGUAUGAUAUAAAAAUAAAA